CUAAUGGGUGAUGCCACAGCAGAUACCAAUAAAGGAGCUAUUCAGACGAAGACAGUCAUGUUCAGCAGCAGCGUCCUGGAGCAGUCUCCUAUCUAGCAAACUAAAACGGCAAAGGCACAUUCUCCUGAGAUCAACUUUUCACCAUGGUUGUUCCAAAUUCACCAACUAAGAUGUCCCAAAGCAGAAUUUUAAGAACACACGGCAGUCAGCAAUAUGGUUCAGUCCCAACCAUCUCAGAGAUCUCUGGAAGUCUAAGGAAUUGGAGUUCCCAUAGAUGUUUAUCUACAGACAGUAACAGUUUGGAGGGUGAGUCUCCAGAGUGCAAUGAGUCCGACCCCUUGCUUUCCAAUGAACUAUGGAAUGGGUCAAGGUUAAACAGAUCCAUGACUGCAAAGAGUGGAGAAGGUUCAAGUGGACCCACGGAAUCAGUGUGUUCCAUGGUGCUGCAGAUUCUGGUACCGUUUGUACUGGCCGGUCUGGGGACGGUUUCUGUUGGGAUGCUACUUGACUUUGUGCAGAGCUGGGAUGUGUUCCAGGAUAUCACUGAGAUUUUAAUUCUGGUUCCAGCUGUUUUAGGCAUGAAAGGAAACCUGGAAAUGACGCUGGCAUCAAGAUUGUCCACUGUUGUAAAUACUGGGGAAAUUGAAUCUACCAGAGAUAUGUGGAUGCUGAUUGGUGGAAAUCUUGCUCUAAAACAGCUUCAAGCCACAGUUCUGGGUCUGCUGGCCUUUCUUAUAGUGACUAUAUUGACCUGGAUAGCAGAUGGAGAAAUGCCUCUAAGCCACAUAGUACUCCUUUGUUCAACCUCUUUGUCUACUGCCUUCGUGGCAUCACUGCUACAAGGGAUCGUUGUGGUUGGGGUAAUCAUGGGCUCCAAGCGAAUCGGUAUCAAUCCUGAUAACGUGGCCACUCCCUUGGCAGGCAGUUUUGGCGAUCUCAUCACGCUUGCUCUGUUGGCAUCCUUCAGUCAAUGGUUCUACUCCAUUAUGGAUUUUUAUCCCCAUGUGUUAUACCUGAUGGAUCUUCUGUAUAUGAGUCUGAUACCUGUUUGGAUGAUGAUCUCUUCAAAACACCCUGCCAGUCAGAUCUUGCUUCGUACAGGCUGGGAACCACUCAUUACAGCAAUGGUUAUCAGCAGUGCUGGAGGGCUAAUUCUGGACAAGGCUGUGUCAGAUCCAAUCUUGAUUGGGAUUGUAAUUUAUGCACCUGUCAUAAAUGGUGUGGGGGGAAACCUGGUUUCCAUACAUUCUAGCCGCAUUUCCACACAUCUGCAUUUGAAUUACUCACCCGGGGAGGUUCCAGAUGGUCCCAGAAGCUGCUUGAACCCCUGUUACACUUUCUUUGGUUCAGGUGCAAACCACAGAUCCGCCCUGGUUCUUCUCAUUUUGGUUCUUCCUGGUCAGCUGGUCUUUUUACAUAUUAUUCAUCUGAUUAAAGGAGGUCUCACACUGCCCAGCGCUCUCUUCACUGUUUUCUUCCUAUUAGCUUCUACAAUUCAAGUCUUCUUGCUGCUGAGUCUGGCUGACUGCAUUGUCCACUGUCUGUGGAGGAGGGGCAAAGACCCUGAUAGCUACUCAAUACCCUACCUCACAGCCUUGGGAGAUCUUCUUGGAACUGCUCUGCUAUCUCUUGCUUUUUUCUUGCUGUGGUGUAUUGGUGAGCUUUAAUAUAGAUCAAUUCAAGAUGGUACUGAAACAAUUAGAGCCAGAGGGAAAGAUAGAGAACAGCAAUCCUAUAGUUUACUAACCUGACAACAGCCAGAUGCAUGUCUCGCUCCGCCCAGCUCCACUCUCGGAGCGAGACAUGCAUCUGGCUGUUGUCAGGUUAAUAGUUUACAGUCAUGAAAUGCAAAUUGCUUUCUUUAAAAGAAGGUCACCUUUGUAGUUUUGAAAAGUCUGACAAAGGCACAGCAUCUUAUUUCAGCUAUGUUUCAAGUCUAGAAAAAUCUAAUAAAAUGUGUAAGUUUCCUGAAUCCAUGCUUUAUUCUCUUGUUUGAAAUAUAUGAAAUCCUUUUUGAAAGACAUUUUGUAAAAUCAAAUUGCCAUAGAAAAUUUCCUUUAUUAUUUGACACAUCACAACCGUCAUAUUUGUGCGAAUCUCUUUAAAUUCUGACAUCAAGAGGUCACAAUUUCUUUAAAAAUAUGUAUUUACCAUGACUGGUCAGAAAUGGCUCCUAACCUCUAUGCUUUGGAUUGACAAUUUAAUGGAAAGUUUUAAAGAACAAAGAGUAAGAGGCAGUUUCAACAAAAAGAAAAGAUCGACCUUGUUGUUAUAAGUUCAUUUUAAGGAAUACUGUAGUAUAGCGCUCAGGCACACAUUCAGCAUUGAAAAGUGCCCAUAGCCUAGACUUGACAGAAUGUUUAUAGGGUUGGAGCAGAUGCGAGGAGCCAUCCAGACCUCUGGCAUUCCAAGGUAAUAAAUCCUACGUUUGGGCAGCUGAGUUGAAGGGGGUCGGUUCUUACUAGGUCAACAAAUUGUUCUACUAAGUUAAACUAAAGAUAGAUAGAU